UGACGAUGAUAUACAGUGAGUGACAGUCUGAGCCGCUGCUGGAGGUUAUUGGGCAGGGCUCAGCUCCACCCCGUGUCACCAGCAGGCGGUCCCCCAGGCCAUGUGUGUGAGCUGCGGCGGCGGGCUGCGGCCUUGUUGUGUGUCUCUGUUCGUUGAGCCGGGCCAGGCGGAGAACGCACACGGAGAGUCCCGCACAUCCCUCCGGCUACAGUAGACAUGGCGAGCCCCUGUGUGGUGCUGGAUGAUGAUGAACAAGGCUACGACCUUGACCUGUUCUGUAUUCCUAAGCACUAUGCAGCCGAUCUAGAAAAAGUCUACAUUCCACAUGGACUAAUAAUGGACAGGACAGAAAGGCUAGCCCGAGAUAUCAUGAAAGACAUGGGAGGUCACCACAUAGUCGCACUCUGUGUCCUCAAGGGUGGCUACAAGUUCUUUGCUGACCUGUUGGACUAUAUCAAGGCACUGAAUCGGAACAGCGACCGGUCGAUUCCUAUGACUGUAGACUUUAUUAGGCUAAAAAGCUACUAUAAUGAUCAGUCUACUGGGGACAUAAAAGUUAUAGGAGGGGACGAUCUUUCCACUUUGACAGGCAAGAAUGUUUUGAUUGUUGAGGACAUCAUUGACACAGGAAAGACCAUGAAGACAUUGCUUGCUAUGUUGCAGCAGUAUAAUCCCAAGAUGGUGAAAGUAGCCAGCUUACUUGUAAAGAGAACUCCCCGGAGUGUUGGAUAUAGGCCUGAUUUUGUAGGAUUUGAAAUACCAGACAAGUUCGUUGUGGGAUAUGCACUAGACUACAAUGAAUACUUUAGAGAUUUGAAUCACAUAUGUGUGAUUAGUGAGGAUGGAAAGCAGAAGUACAAAGCAUAGAAGAUCCAAGAACCACAUUGUUCUGUCCUCAAGGAUGGGUGUGGACUGACUGCCGCAAUGCUACUAGAAUUCAUCCACUUCACACAUUAGGCUCCUUCCUGCAUGAAAGCAAUUACUACCUUGUCACUUCUUUCUGCAGCACAACGGUGUAACCUGGCGUGCCCAGUAUUUAUAGCUAGUACCUUUUUCAAUGAACAUCUCAAGCAGUCUGCCUCCAACAUCUCUGCUGAUCCAUCGCCCUUGUAAAAUGUUAGAUUGUACUUGGAAUGAACUGCGUGGGAUGUUAGUCAUUUUACAUUUCAUGUUCUAUACCUGAAGCAUCUAAUUAGUUUCUGUAGGGGAGCCCCCCUUUGCUUUCAGGAGUCUCCCCUAAUGUUGUUGAAGCUUUUAGAUGUUCCUAAAAUUUAGUAAAUCCAAACGUUACAUUAGAAUCGCUCUGAGGGGGCAUUAACCCCCUGUGCGCAAUGUUUACUGUUUACUUAGCACUUAUAUCUUAUUUUCUUCUAAAACCUUGCGCCUUUUCUUCACCUUCAUUCCCUGAAAGUAAGGUGUUUUGAUUGAACAUGUGCAAAAUUAUGAUAUGGGAUAGUUUCAUAUUUACUAUGACUACCUAUAACUUUAUAUGCCAUCCCUUUGGUUAAAAAGACGGUGAGGUCGGGGUGGGGGGGUUCAAGCAUUUUGCAAAUUAUAAUUUAAUAAUUUGAUGAUCUGUUGUAUACUUAGAAUUGCUCUAAUGAAGAGAAAGUGUUGGGGUUUUUUUUCCUUUAAAGUAUCCAGGUAUAUGCUAUAAAUUGUAGAUGUGUUGUCUCAAAUUAAUCAGAAAGCAUAACAUGGCCUCUGUAGCCAGUACUAAAAGUUGGAUACACCGUUUUCCCCAGGAUAAAGUUUAAUGAGAGUUUUAUUAGCAAAUCAUCAAUUGGCCAUAUGAUUUAGAAAUAAAGACAUUAGGGUCAGUUGUACCCCUAUUAAUGGACCUGUCAGAUGGGCUAGCCAUGCAGCCUGAUUUUAAAUGCUGAAUUUAAUUACCCCACACAUGGAAUUUCAGAUCUGGUCAUACGAUGUCAUGUGUAUUGCUGAUUGUAUGCAUAUGGUUUCUGAAACUGCAUGUUAGUAUGGCGGUAUUCCAUAAAAGUGGAGGAAAUUAAAAAUUAUUCUUUUAAGUGUCAUGCAGCUGCUAUACCAGGUACUAUUCAAAAGUCUUUAUUUAGGAUGUGAAACCAUUCUUUGUGUUUCUGUGCCUUAUGAAAAAAAGGAUUUUUAUCAUUUUUAUAUCCUUUAGAAAGGAUCAGUUCUUUUUUUUUUUUUUAAUUCCGUAAAAAUAUAUUAGAGGGACUAAUUAUUCUGUAUAAGUGCAUUUUAUUGUAGCGGUAACUAUACAUACACACACACACUCAUACCCCUUUUACACCAAAAUCCCGGGUCUGACCCAGGAUUUGGAACACGGUUCCAAGCCGGGUCAGACCCAGGACUCCCCCUAUUUCACUGCAGUGCCGAUCCGGGAUAUUCCCGGAUCGGCACCGUUUACACUGCACCCGGGUGCAGUGUCUUGUGGGCCGGCGCUUAGAGGUGAUGUCAUCUCCAAGCGCCGGCCCACACUGCAGAUCGGGACUCCGGAGCGUCUCGCCGGGGGCAAGCACAGCAGUCUGGAAGCUGCUGUGCUGCCCCCAGCGCUUCCAGGCACCAGACAUGGCGCUGCUGUCUGCAUAGACAGCAUGUGCCAUGUCUCCAGCCGCAGCAUGGCAACCAGCACGACGCAUGCUGUCUGCAUAGACAGCGUGCGCCGUGACCCCCAGCCGCCCGCCGGACACUGCGGUACGGGAGGUUUGCCAUGCUGUAAAUGGGUGCCGGGUCGGCUGACCCGGCUUACCCAUUUACACCGCCUCCUUCCCGGGUCUUACCUGUGUCCAACCCUGCGUAUGUUCCGGGUUGGAUUCCCGGGAAAGUUGCCCCGGGGUGACCCUUUUACACCACCUGCAGUCCCGGGAUUUUGCGCGCUCCCGUGCAAAAUCCCGGGAUAUUUCAGGUGCUGUAAAAGGGGUAUCACUCACUCACUCACUCACUCACUCACUCACUCACUCACUCACUGCAUUAGUACUAGAGGCAGACAUUCCAGAAAAAAAUGUUAAUUCACAGUUCUAGAACAGGUCUUCUUGUUCUUCUCUCCUUCCAGACAGACCGUGCCCCUAUUAUCCCCUCAUGCAUGCAUAUGCGAAGGUUACAGGAAUGAGCCGUUGACAACCUGUAACAUUGCAGGCCAGGGCAUGAGUAGGAGAUCCUGCAAUGGAGUAAGGAUAUGUAAUACUACAUUUUCUUUUUUGUCACCUCUUUAUUCCUCCUCUUCUAUUGAAUAUCUCACUGUAUGUUCAUGUAAGAUUAAACUCUGCAUUUAGGAAUCUCUCAACUUACAGGUCCCAAAGUAUGAAUUUAUUAGAUUAAUUUCUCCCAAUGUCAAAAUGAAACAAAGAAUGUAACAUUGUUGCUGACCUAAUAUGGUUUCUCUGACGUCCUAAGUGGAUGCUGGGGACUCCGUCAGGACCAUGGGGAAUAGCGGCUCCGCAGGAGACAGGGCACAAAAUUAAAAGUUUGACCACUAGGUGGUGUGCACUGGCUCCUCCCCCCAUGACCCUCCUCCAAGCCUCAGUUAGGUUUUUGUGCCCGGCCGAGAAGGGUGCAAUCUAGGUGGCUCUCCUAAAGAGCUGCUUAGAAUAAAAGUGGCACCGUGGGAUCUCAAUGUAGUUUUGGGAUUUCUCAAAUCCCAUUGGUUUGAGCCACUCAAAUCGGUGGAUUUGAAAUAUCUUACAUGGAAAGUGACCAUGCUACUGGCCCUGGCUUCGGCCAGGAGAGUGUAAGAAUUGGCGGCUUUAUCAUACAAAAGCCCAUAUCUGAUUUUCCAUUGGGACAGGGCAGAACUGCGGACGCGUCCUCAGUUUCUCCCUAAGGUGGUAUCAGCGUUUCACCUGAACCAACCUAUUGUGGUGCCUGCGGCUUCUAGCGACUUGGAGGACUCCAAGUUGUUCGACGUUGUCAGAGCCUUAAAAAUAUAUAUAUAUAUUUAAAGGACGGCUGGAGUCAGAAAGGCUGACUCGCUGUUUAUACUGUAUGCACCCAACAAGCUGGGUGUUCCUGCGUCUAAGCAGACGAUUGCUCGUUGGAUUUGUAGCACAAUUCAACUUGCGCAUUCUGUGGCAGGCCUGCCACAGCCAAAAUCUGUAAAUGCCCACUCCACAAGGAAGGUGGGCUCACCUUGGGCGGCUGCCCGAGGGGUCUCGGCAUUACAACGCUGCCGAGCAGCUAAGUGGUCAGGGGAGAACACGUUUGUAAAAUUCUACAAAUUUGAUACCCUGGCUAAGGAGGACCUGGAGUUCUCUCAUUCGGUGCUGCAGAGUCAUCCGCACUCUCCCGCCCGUUUGGGAGCUUUGGUAUAAUCCCCAUGGUCCUGACGGAGUCCCCAGCAUCCACUUAGGACGUCAGAGAAAAUAAGAAUUUACUUACCGAUAAUUCUAUUUCUCGUAGUCCGUAGUGGAUGCUGGGCGCCCAUCCCAAGUGCGGAUUGUCUGCAAUACUUGUACAUAGUUAUUGUUACAAAAAUCGGGUUAUUAUUGUUGGAAGCCAUCUUUUCAGAGGCUCCUCUGUUAUCAUGCUGUUAACUGGGUUCAGAUCUCAAGUUGUACAGUGUGAUUGGUGUGGCUGGUAUGAGUCUUACCCGGGAUUCAAAAUCCUUCUUUAUUGUGUACGCUCGUCCGGGCACAGUAUCCUAACUGAGGCUUGGAGGAGGGUCAUGGGGGGAGGAGCCAGUGCACACCACCUAGUGGUCAAACUUUUAAUUUUGUGCCCUGUCUCCUGCGGAGCCGCUAUUCCCCAUGGUCCUAACGGAGUCCCCAGCAUCCACUACGGACUACGAGAAAUAGAAUUAUCGGUAAGUAAAUUCUUAUUUUUCUACAGUGUCAGACUGUGGUAGAAAGGGCCCACAGAUCACGUUGCCUAUGGGGUCGGGCCAGCAUAUGGAUGUUGUUGUUAACACUUAAUUAGUCUCCCCUCUAUUAUACUGUACAUAUGCUGUGCACACCGGUUAUGAUGUAAGGCAGACGCCAGGCUCUGUGGCUAUGGUGCUCACCGGGAUUUCCUCAGUAUUCAGUGAACAGGUUCGGCACUGUUUUAUGCACCACUCCUCUUACAGCACUUAAAGUACUCACUUUUAUUUUGAAAAUAAAUGUUAAUUUAUUCUGCUCUUGUAUACACAAAUUGAUAGGAUGAUUAUUGAUGUAGCCCCCAAAAUGCGUGCUUGCACUAUGUGAAGGUGAUUCGUAGACUUCAAAGGCUUGGGAACCCUUACAAAUGCUAUCCCGUCUUAGGGAACCGUAAUAUAUAAAAUGUUUCAAUUAAUUAUUCAAACUUUUUUUUCCACUCUGCCAGUGAAUAUGGGAAAGAAGUGUACGAUUUCCCUUAAUAAUGAUUGUAUAACCACUUCAUGUUCAUAGAAGGAGUAGGUUAUCUAGCUUUUGGUCUGUUGCACUCUGAUUGCUAUUGGUUUAACGUAUGUUAUAUGAAUACUGAAGCAUUCAUUCAUAGGGUGAAGCAUUUUUAAAUGUAAGGUCCAUGUAAUUAACAUAUAAAUGAAAUAACAUAAAAUUAAACACCAUAUAUUAAUAUAUGGAUUUAAGAAACAAGUUUGCGUAUUGAAGUUUAUCUAUGAAAUCCAUAAUUUGAUGCAAAUAUGGUAAACAUUGUUUGGGUUUAGUAUAUGAAGCUAAAUUUGAAAGUCUGACUUAGAGGAACCCACCAGGAUUUGAUCUUCUGUUGGUUAAGUCCAUUUGGGUUAUCUUUUUAAUACAUUGCUUCAAAUUGUUACUUUGCAUUAGAUAAACUUUUUUUUAUUUUUUUCAAUUCUUUUUAUACCUACAACAGAAUUAUUUUUUAUGAUGUUCAAACAAAAAAAAAUCUCCAAAAAACCUCUAAAUAUUUGAGCAUACUCCAUAAAUGUGGACAAUGGUCCUGGUUCAGAUUUGUACACAAACCCGAUGCAUACAGAUCUGAUGCUUGGGGAACUGCGCAUGCGUAUGACCCAGUCUGAACUUGUGCAGAAAAGGUCCUGUGUGAUCAUUCGCAGUACCUCCCUUAGACACAGCAUGUUUUAAUUUUGGGGGAUAGGGUUCUACAAAACUAUAUAGUGUAUUGCAGACUCAUGCAGGAGGUAUCUAUUUCCUACAGAUGCCCCCUGCUCCAUUUGUAGUUUAGUUGUAUGGAAAGUGGCUGUGCAAUACCGUCCAAAUGUGAACAAAUCCCUACAAAUCUGAAUUAGGCUCUAUGUCAAAAUUAUGGUGGUAAAAUAUUAAAUGAGCCAGGGUCUGAUGGAGGAAUACCACAGAAUAUUUUCUGAAGGGUAUAUUUCUGCAGUAUGGAGUGCCAAGAGCUACAUGGAUGAGCAUGAUUUGUAAUCAUAGAACAUGAGUGUAACUUUUAUCUUCGUAUUUCUUUUCUAUUAUUUCAAUACUAGAACAUAUAAGUGCUAGUCCCGUGACUUAUCCCUUAUGUGGGUAUGCUAGUUCUUGUCUACAUGCAGAAAAGGAGUAAAGGAAUUUUUUAUUCUUCAACUUGUACACUGUGUUCAAAUAUAGAAUAUAUGAUAAACCAUAGAGAGUCCUUCUUCUUUUUUCUUUCUUUUUUUGUGUGAAAUUUAUUUUUAUAUAUUUUUUUUUUUUCUUAACUUAUGCUUCUCAAACAAAGGGGCAGGGACACUGCUCAUUUUUAGUGUGGUUAAUGCAUGACCAGAUUGCCUCGUUUAACCCUUAAGUCAUUAAAAUAGUCAAAGUUAUGCAAAAAUUUUCACGAAUUAAAAACAAAAAAUGAAGACCAGAGUUUAAAAUUUCUGAAUACUAUAAGGAUUGUGUUUUGGCUUUUAUGUUUGACAUUAAAUAAAUUUGUUAGAAAAGAUGGAUUUUUGUGAGGAACACUUGCUAGAAAAUGCAAUCCUCUUACAGAUUUGAAAAUAUUUUCUUAAUAUUUGGAAUAUUCUGUUUAAAAAGCAGUUGAUUGUUUAAUUUAUGUAAUAUUGCCAUUCAUGACAAUAAAUCAUAAUAAACUCAU